GUCCUGGCCCGACCCUCCCACCUCCUUCCUGUCACUCCUGAGGGAAAGAUCUCUGUCCCAGUCACGGACCUCCAAAGUCACAGGCGAAAUGGGCAACAUGGCAACAGAGAUUGUUGCCUUUCUCCUAACGAUCUCAGGGUGGAUUCUGGUGUCGUCCACCCUGCCUACAGACUACUGGAAGGUGUCCUCUGUGGACGGGACGGUCAUCACCACGGCUACCUUCUGGUCCAACCUAUGGAAAACAUGUGUGACUGAUUCCACCGGUGUGUCCAACUGCAAGGACUUCCCUUCGAUGCUGGCAUUGGAUGCCUACAUCCAGGUGUGUCGGGGUCUGAUGAUCGCCUCUGUAUGUCUUGGUUUCUUUGGUGCCAUCUUUGCCUUGGUUGGAAUGAAGUGCACGAAAAUAGGAGGCUCGGAGACCACCAAGGCUCGUCUGACUGUCCUCUCGGGCUUCCAGUUCAUUCUCAGUGGCCUCUGCUGCAUGACUGCAUGCUCUAUAUAUGCUCACAGGAUCACAACUGAAUUUUUUGACCCCCUCUUUGUUGCCCAGAAGUUCGAGCUGGGAGCAGCGCUCUUCAUUGGCUGGGCUGGAUCUGUGCUGUGUGUCCUUGGAGGACUUAUCUUCUGUCUCUCUUUGUCUGAAGGCUUCAGUAUGAGGGCUGAAUACUCGUACAGUGGAGCUGCAUCGUUCGUGACGGCACGCAACAAUCACAGCAAGACAGCCAACGGCCUCCACAAGGAACCGGGAGCGCCGUCGAGACAGUUCGGAAGAAACGCCUACGUGUAAAACCGGACUCUAUCUUGUUGUCACGUGACUGGAUUGUGAAAUUUAUCAUGAUAGUUUACGGUCAAACUAUUUCACCAGUAAAAAGCAGAGAAGAACUUCUGCGCCUGAACUCUAUGGAAAGAAAUGGCAGUCUAGUUUAAUUCAGUUUAGUUUACAUAUUUUAUUUAUUGUAAGUGGUCAGACUCCUCUUUAAACAUGGCUGCUUUUUGGGACAUUUCUGUCAAUGGUCCGAAUGUUAAAGAUAAGCUUGUUUUUGUUUUAGGGCAGGAAAUUUGAUUUGGCACAACUCUCCGGUCACCUUCAACAAGCUCGCCUUUCAUGCUUGUCUCACAUAGACUGGACACAUAUUAAAUCUAUGUUAUGACUCUAGAGUCAAAGGCCAACUGGACCUCAAUUUAAAGGAUGCAAUAGCUUUUCUUUUAAUUAAAACUAGAGGAUCUCACACAGCUAUCAAAGUAACCUUUUGUGAGCUUUACUCAUAGAGCUUAUGUUUCAUGAACUAGAUGGGUUUUUUUUUUAUCUGGUGUUUAGAAAAAUUAAUUUUCCCACAAAAGGCAACAUUUACAAUUUCCACAUUAUAAGCAGUUAAUCUUCUCAUGUUGCUUUAAGGAAAUAAAGAAUAUUGUCACUUGAAAGUUGCAUCUGUUCAUAUUUCUCAAAUCAGAAAGAUGGAUCAUAUGAUGGCCUUUCUUAUUUUCCUGACCUCAAGGGUCACCAAGUCACAUCUGACCCCAGAGAUGUCUAUGCAGAGCUGGAGGCCUGACCGGAGGUUCUCCCUCCUAUCAGCCAUCCGUCUCCACCUAAGAA